UCAUAACCUAAAAUGUCGGAAACCUCACAUCCAUCUCGCGAUCCAAAAAAUCUCAGCGAACCAUUCGCAGUCAUCGAAUUUCUCGAGAAAAACGAAAAAGGGCUACCAUGCAUUGAUUUGGUGCCGAAAAAAUGGUUUAAUAGUGCAGAAGAAGACACCUGUAAAUUCCCACCGACAACUGAAUAUCAUCUACUUGACGACUACUUGGAAAAAUUGCACUCGCCCAAGGACUCUUGGCAAAGUUAUCCAUUUUGCUUCAUCACCGGAGCAGCUGAUUUGGAUCAGGGUCGCAGAAGAUUAAAAAAGGCCCAAGUAACUCUCAACUGUGAGACAACCGAUGGUGAAAAUGAUCGAAAGGGGGGGAGGUCCGAAACUUCCUCGAAAGCAAAAAUUUCAGCAAAACCCUUAACUGCAUCAAAGUCUCAACUAAACAACAUCUUUAGUACUAAAAUCCCGAUUCCACCUAGAAAUCAAACUCCAAAGUCUGGUAUACAAGCAAAACCAAAGACAAGAUUUCAAAGCAUUUACCAGAGUGGAUCUGACUCUGAAGACGAAAAUCAUGAUUGUCUUAUAGCUAAUCCUGAGGAGAUUCGAGCCUCAAAGGCUCAAAAUAAUUCUGGCUUUUUUCAAAUGUCGAGUAAAUCGCGAUCUGUACCAACAGGUGCAUGUUUAUCAUUUAAACAGCGGUCAAGGAAGAAUAUUACUUUGCUUAAAGACGUCGAAACUGAUGAAUCUGAGAGCAAUGAUUCCUCCGAUGGAAUUCUGCAGUCACCUACAAAAUCGAUGGACUCAGCGAGAAAUACAAGAAAAGAACUUCAUUUGACACCUCCUUCACCACUAGUCCAUAACGCUUCAGGUAACCGAAAAAGGCGUGCAUCGUCUACUACACGCGCUGAAGACGGAUUGAAUUCGAUUGUGAGCCCAGGAACUCCAAAAACUUCACGAUCAAUGAUGGUACCCCCUGCUAAGAUGCCAAAAAUGCUGGGACCACAAAACCAGUUGUCAUCUAGUCAUUAUGCUGAUAAUGAACGUCGAAUCCUGAACUCCCUUCGAGAUUACUUUGAUCAGCAAUUAGAUGAAAAGCUCGAAAAUUUAAGACGCAGGAUGGCUUACGAUUUAAAGCAGUCUAUGAAUGAGCUCAAGACCACAAUCAUUGGCACUAAUCUAGCCCCAGCUUCUGGUCCUAGCUUGCUUGAAAUACAGAAGCAGAUGUCUACGCCACUACCAUUUGAAAUGGAUGAUAAGUUCCAGGAAUACGAAGCGAUAUUGACAACGGACCCAAAUCUCGUAGAAACACUGCGAUUAUUCAUGAGAGUUUUGAUAAGCAAUAAAAAAGAGAUGAAAAUAUGUGUUUCCACUAUCCUAUCUGCGGUUCUGAGGAAGACAGUGUCACUGCACUAUUCUGGUUACGGAAAGGAAGCUGGCGGAAAGAAAAAGAAAAAUUUUUAUAACACUACAGUAUGCAAAGUACUGAUUGAUGUGAUAAUUGAGGUAAUAGGAUCCAGCACUGAUGAGAAGAAGAUAAUGUCAGAAGUAAGUACUUGGUUGUCACGUUCUGGCGAUCGAGAGGGUGGGCGUAAGGAACGACAACGCGGGUCAAGUCAUCAUAACGAGAAUAAUUCAGUUUGUUCCUUUGAUACCAAUCGAUAAUACUUCAUUUUUCCGGGAUAAAUGGAAUUGUAAAAUCACUGUGUUAAUAUGACUCCAUUAGUUCAUUUUCGUAAUUGUAUUAGUUGUGAUAUUCUUGAUAAAAGGUACGAUUAAUAGGAAAAGUUUAUAUUAUCAAUAUAUUUUUAUCGCGAGGCGUUUCAUUGGGCAGAAUAUAUAUUAAUAUAUGAAUAUUGUUUAGUAUUCGGCUGUCAUUGAAGUAUUAAUUAUAUUUAUUAUAUUUCUCCUGGCGAGGUCGGAAAUCCAGAAGAUGGAAAUAACAAUUGGAAAAUGUGAUGUAUCUUAGCAUAAUAAAGUAUUUUCUAUGUCAUUUCCUCAUAAGUUAGAUCACGGGAAUAAAUAUCCGUUGUUGGUUCAGGGAUUAAAUAUUAUGUCCAAAAGUUUAAAGGGAAAAAUAAUAAGUGGAUUUUUAAUUUUUAAGAAAAAUUCUAAUGAAAGUAAUUUCAGCCAUUGAGAGCUGUUUUCAGUAUUUGGUGAUUCAAGUCAAAUAAUAUUUAUAAGGUUGAAGUUUCACAAUCGGACUGCGUCCAUAUUCCCCAAAGAUUUCAAAUUUAAGGGUUGAAAUUAAUUAGUUAUAUGUAAUCCUAUCCAAGACUUUUUUAUAUUUCUAAGUUUGUUUGAAAGAGUGAAUAUAAUAAGCAAUAUUAUAUAGAACUAGCACACAAUCAAUGCAACUAAAUAUCAUUCUGUGUUCCGGAGUUGCAGAUGGAGAAGACAUUAUUGUAAAAAAAGGACGUCUUUCCGAGAUGAAAAAAUAAUUCUUAUCAGGAUAAUUCGUAUCAGCAAUUGUCUAUGGAUAUAAGAAUUAAUUCUUAUCAUCCAUAGCGGAAUAAAUUAUCCAUAAUAUUGCUAUUAUAAUGACUGUUUUCAUGCUUGAAUUGAAGCACGAUAAUUUAUCAAUUCUAAACUACUAAUUUAAAAAAUAACAUUGGUGCGUUAUUUUGUUGGAUAUUUUGUUAAUACAAUCUUCGAAUUCUGAAGACUGACUGCUAAUAUUAUUAGAUUGUAAGAGAGAGUUUAUUAAGACUUAAUAUGGUAUGUCGUAUUAAAUUUCGGAUUCAAAUGAUCUACGUAGAUUAUUUAUUUUAAAAGCGGAUGAAAAUAAUCCACAAAAGAUUUUUCUACAAUUUAUACCUGCAAUCAUUUUUUUGAGUUUUCAUAUUCUGUUCGCGGAAAAAUCUCAUAGUUGUGAUUAUCUUUCAUGAAAAUUGGAGAUACAAACACUGCAUAUCUUUAACUGUUCAACCAAAAUCGGAUGAAAACAUGUACUAUGUCGAUAGGAGGAAAAAAGUUUUUGAUUGGCUGAGUUUUUUUGUCAAUAGAUUUAAUAAAUUUAAAUAUAAGUUUUGUCACAUAAUAAAACUGUUUUCUGUAUAAUGUUGAAGGUAAUAAAUACAUGUCUGCUUAUCAGA